AUGACGACGGUCUCCCCAUUUAGUGCUUGCCUCUCAGGAGUCACGAAAAUUCCCCUAAUUAUUUGUCAUUCAAACCUAGAAUCAGCCCUUGAUGUCCCCUCCUCUGAUCUAAAUCACUUCCCAUUUUGUAACAGUGGCUAUUAUGUUGACAUCAUAUUUCAUUGCACCUGUCUGUAUUACGUCAAGGAUAUGUUUGACAUGCACAUAUUUAAUCCAGCAUUUAGAGAAGUUAGGCUUACUCCUCCUUGUCCCUGGCACUUGGGACACUUUAAAGAGUCUAUGUAUGCCCAGAUUUUGAGGGGAUUUGGUCGAGAUCAUGAUAUUAAAGAUUACAAAGUUGUUAUAUUGGUUGAGAGCAAGUUUCAUGUAACUAAAUUCAUUCUCUAUUUAAAGCUUAUGCAUAAAAUCUCAGUACUAACCCUUGGAGAGAGAGAGAUGCCAUGUUUCCAGUUUUACGCGGUCCAGAUUACAGUGUGUUACUUGAUGGACGAAUGCAUUGGAGCGGAUUUGAUAGAGCAGCAAGCGAAAAAAGUGGAAUUUUCUUUCCAAACGAGCAGUGAAGUAGUCCAAAACAUAGGAUUGCCUGAUGCAGCAGUUGUGGACGUGAUUAUUCCUCCUUAUCUUGAUCUUCCAAAAGAAUCCCUUGCCUUAAUCUCAACAUGGAGGAGAAAUGGAGAAGAUUAUACAGAUAUAUGGGUGAUGAAGGAAUAUGAUGUUAAAGGGAUCAUGGACAAAAAUGCACGCAUUCGAUUGAACCUGGACUGGAGGGAGAAUGAGCUCCCUGUGAGCAGACCCUUCCGAGAACAGUUGAUUUUGCUACCCCUGGCCAACAAGAAGUGUGAUGUUUCUGUUCAGUAUGGCCCGUGUCUGGACCUUGUAGUUUUCAAGGAAAGCUUGAUCUCAAUCAAGAGAACAAGUGACCAUCUAUUAGUUUCUUCUUCUCCUAUAGGCCAGCCAUUUUGUUUUUCAAAGCAAAGUAGGCCUUGUUAA